UAGAAGGAAGUGUAUUUUCCUCACUGGAGCUGCAACGCUUUUUCUGCCUGAGACUCAGGCUGAGUAUUGGCGCUGCAGCGGGGGGAGAGACAGACAGAGAGAGCGGGUUCAGUUUUUCUUUUGCAAAAAUAAUUGCAAUAUCUAAUUUUCAAUCUGUUUUUAUUUUUCUCCGGUUAACACAGUCUACAUACAUACUUCCUUUACGAGGGAGAUUACAAGUGAGUGGUGACCAUGGCUCACUCCAAGGCACGAGCCAACGAUGGAAAGAUUACCUACCCUCCGGGAGUCAAGGAGAUCUCAGACAAAAUAUCGAAAGAGGAGAUGGUUCGGAGGUUAAAGAUGGUUGUGAAAACCUUUAUGGAUAUGGACCAGGAUUCGGAGGAGGAGAAGGAACUGUACCUCAACCUGGCCCUGCAUCUUGCUUCAGACUUUUUCCUCAAACACCAUGAUAAAGAUGUCCGACUGCUUGUUGCCUGCUGUUUGGCUGAUAUUUUUAGAAUCUAUGCCCCAGAGGCUCCUUACACAUCACCAGACAAAUUGAAGGAUAUAUUUAUGUUCAUAACAAGGCAGCUAAAGGGAUUAGAAGACACAAAAAGUCCACAGUUCAACAGAUACUUCUAUUUACUUGAGAAUAUUGCCUGGGUGAAGUCUUACAACAUCUGCUUUGAGUUGGAAGACUGCAAUGAGAUCUUCACACAGCUGUAUCGAACACUCUUUCAAGUGAUAAAUAAUGGCCAUAACCAGAAGGUUCACAUGCAUAUGGUGGAUCUGAUGGGCUCUAUCAUUUGUGAAGGUGACACAGUCUCCCAAGAGCUUCUAGAUACAGUUCUAGUGAACCUAGUACCUGCACAUAAGAAUUUAAACAAACAGGCUUAUGACUUGGCAAAAGCUCUGCUGAAGAGGACAGCCCAGGCUAUUGAACCAUACAUUACUAAUUUCUUUAACCUGGUGCUGAUGCUUGGAAAGACCUCUGUCAGUGAUCUAUCAGAGCACGUCUUUGACUUGAUUCUAGAGCUGUACAAUAUUGAUUGCCACCUGCUGCUUUCUGUGUUACCGCAGCUAGAAUUUAAACUAAAGAGCAACGAUAAUGAUGAACGUUUGCAAGUUGUUAAGCUGCUGGCUAAAAUGUUUGGAGCAAAGGAUUCUGAAUUGGCAGCUCAAAACAAGCCCCUCUGGCAGUGUUACCUUGGAAGGUUCAAUGAUAUACACGUCCCGAUCCGUCUUGAAUGUGUGAAGUUUGCAAGUCACUGCCUUAUGAAUCACCCGGAUUUAGCCAAAGAUCUAACAGAGUUCUUAAAAGUGAGGUCCCAUGAUCCUGAGGAAGCCAUUAGACACGAUGUCAUUGUGUCUAUUGUUACUGCUGCUAAAAAGGAUCUCUCGCUUGUCAAUGAUCAGUUGCUUAAUUUUGUAAGAGAGAGAACAUUAGACAAGAGGUGGAGGGUUCGAAAAGAGGCAAUGAUGGGACUGGCCCAGAUCUACAAAAAGUACUCUUUGCAAGGAGAAGCAGGAAAAGAAGCUACAAAACAGAUUUCCUGGAUAAAAGACAAGCUCCUGCAUAUAUACUAUCAGAACAGUAUCGAUGACAGGUUGCUUGUGGAACGUAUCUUUGCCCAGUACAUGGUUCCCCAUAAUCUGGAGACAACAGAGAGGAUGAAGUGUUUGUAUUAUCUUUAUGCAACACUGGACUUCAAUGCCGUGAAAGCUCUAAAUGAAAUGUGGAAAUGCCAAAACAUGUUGAGGAAUCAAGUUAAGGAUUUGCUUGACUUAAUCAAACAACCAAAAUCUGAUGCCUCUAGCAAAGCAGUGUUUUCCAAAGUGAUGGUCAUUACAAGAAAUCUGCCAGACCCAGGGAAGGCCCAAGACUUCAUGAAGAAAUUUGCCCAGGUUUUAGAAGAGGACGAAAGAAUUCAGAACCACCUGGAGACACUUGUCAGCCCUGAAUGUUCGUGCAAGCAAGCUGAGGGCUGUGUUCGUGAAAUCACGAAAAAACUUGGAAGUCCCAAACAGCCAAGCAACCCGUUUCUAGAAAUGGUGAAAUUCCUCCUGGAGAGGAUUGCUCCGGUGCACAUAGACACUGGAUCCAUUAGUGCCCUUGUCAAGCAAGUCAACAAAUCAAUAGAUGGCACAGCUGAUGAUGAGGAUGAGGGAGUACCGACAGAGCAGGCAAUCAGGGCAGGCCUUGAAUUGUUGAAGGUGCUCUCAUUUACUCACCCUGUCUCUUUCCAUUCUGCGGAAACUUUUGAGUCCCUACUUGGUUGCCUGAAAAUGGACGAUGAAAAGGUGGCAGAAGCUGCACUGCAGAUUUUUAAGAACACGGGUGGCAAAAUGGAAGAGAGCUUUCCUCACAUAAAAUCGGUUUUGCUUCCAGUUUUACAACAGAAGGCUAAAAAGGGCCCACCUCGUCAGGCUAAAUAUGCUAUUUACUGUAUACAUGCAAUAUUCUCCUCAAGAGACACACAGUUUGCACAGAUAUUUGAGCCACUGCAUAAAAGCCUGGAUCCUGCAAAUCUUGAUCAGCUCAUUACACCUUUAACAACUAUAGGUCACUUAGCUAUGCUGGCACCAGAACAGUUUUCAGGUCCCCUGAAGUCCUUGGUAGCAAAUUUCAUAGUAAAGGAUUUGUUAAUGAAUGACAGGCUUCCUUGCAAAAAGACAACAAAGCUUUGGGUUCCUGAUGAUGAGGUCUCCUCAGAAACGCUGGUAAAGAUCCAAGGUAUUAAGCUGAUGGUCCGAUGGCUGUUGGGAAUGAAAAACAACCUGAGCAAGUCUGGAAACUCCACACUGAGGAUGCUAACUGCAAUAUUAAACAGUGAUGGCGACUUGACCGAGCAAGGGAAAAUGAGCAAACCCGAUAUGUCACGUCUGAGGCUGGCGGCUGGAUGUGCUGUCCUGAAGUUAGCACAAGAACCCUGUUAUCAUGAAAUUGUUACCCUGGAGCAGUACCAGUUGUGUGCUUUAGUCAUUAAUGAUGAAUGUUACCAAGUGAGACAAGCGUUUGCACAGAAGCUUCACAAAGGCCUUUGUAGGUUACGGCUACCACUGGAAUACUUGGCCAUCUUCGCUCUUUGUGCAAAAGAUCCAGUGAAGGAGAGAAGGGCACAUGCCAGGCAGUGCCUAGUGAAAAACAUAAAUGUCCGAAGGGAGUACCUGAAGCAACAUGCAGCAAUCAGUGAUAAGUUGUUUUCACUCCUGCCAGAAUAUGUCGUCCCAUACACAAUCCACCUGCUUGUACAUGAUCCAGAUUAUGUAAAGGUUCAAGAUAUUGAGCAACUUAAAGAUGUCAAAGAGUGUUUGUGGUUUGUUUUAGAAAUAUUGAUGUCAAAAAACGAAAACAACAGUCAUGCUUUCAUUAGAAAAAUGGUGGAAAACAUUAAACAGACAAAAGAUGCCCAAGGGCCAGAUGAUCCAAAAUUAAACGAGAAACUGUACACUGUGUGUGAUGUGGCCAUGAACAUCAUCAUGGUCAAGAGUACAACGUACAGCCUGGAAUCUCCCAAGGACCCCGUUCUACCAGCCAGAUACUUCACUCAGUCUGACAAGAAUUUCAGCAAUACAAAGAAUUAUCUGCCUUCAGAAAUGAAAUCUUUUUUCACUCCUGGAAAGCCAAAGGCAGCCAAUGUUCUUGGUGCAGUUAACAAGCCCCUCUUAACUGCAGGCAAGCAGUCGCAGACCAAGUCUUCCCGGAUGGAGACAAUCAGCAAUGCCAGCAGCAAUUCCAAUCCCAGCUCUCCUGGAAGAAAUAAAGGAAGACUUGACAGCACUGAAAUGGAUCACACUGAAAAUGAAGACAUCACAAUAAUGAGAAAUUCUCCUCUGCCGGGGAAGAAGAAUGACAAGAGGGACGACUCUGAUGUUCUAAGGGAAAGUGAUAAACCCAGAGGUCGGAAAAAGGCACUAGCUGUGGAUCAGGAGGAGAGGUCAUUGAUGGAAGACACUGGUCUGGAGCAGAAACCCAAGCGAGGUCGUAAGAGGGCAGCUAACACCAGCACCGCCGAAGCAGACGAGCAACAGUGGCCCGAUGAGAAGACGAUAAAGGACAAUGCACUGGAAACGGAGGACGAGCAGAACAGUCCACCAAAGAAAGGGAGGAGGGGGCGGCCGUCCAAAGCAGCCGGCAGCACCACCCCCAAGGAGGAGACGCCAGUCAAGGGGAGGAGAGGUAGGAAGAAGGCGGCUCCUCCUGUUUCAGAAGAGGUGGAGGAGGAUGAAGAGGAGGAGGGGUACAGUGAAAAUGUCGAACAGAAACAAAAAGGAGGAAAGCAGGCCCGAGCACCAAGGAGGUCACAACAGAGGGUGGAAGCGGCUGAGGCUACAGAUGAGUCUGUAGAGUCCACGCCACAGAAGAGACGCGGAAGACCACCAAAAACGCAACAGUCCCUGCCAAGGAAAAAUGUACGCGGGACAAAAGCAGCUUCCAGCCAGGAGAACACUUCAGCCGAUGAGAUGGACGUGUCUCAGGAGAGCAUCGAAGACACUCGACUGGAGGAGGAGCAGGAGGAGCCAGCAGAGGAGGAGGAGGAGGAGGAGGAGGAGGAGGAAACCAACUCACUUAAAGUUCGGCGUAGGCCCGCAAGAAGGGACAGAAGAUGAGCAGUCAGAGAGCGAUGUGAAAGCUUGAUGAGAUGCCAUCAGUGCUGAAGGCUUCAGGAGAUCCUGAAACGGAUAUAGAGGAGAAGGAGAAUGGAGAGGAGCCUUGCAUCUGCUGAUGCUGUUCUUUUGCGGUCCCUAAUAUCACAGGCUUUAGCCACACACAUUAAUAUCAUUAAUCGUGGUUUGUUGUGCAUUGUGAUGUGUGCUGGCUAUGUAGAGAUCUGAACUAAAGAAAAACUGUAAAUAGUCUUUUAAACUUCUUUUUUUUUUGUUGGGGGGAGGGGGGUUUGUAUAGCUUUUAUCUUGCAGCUUUAAAUCAUCACCCAGUUAUAUCUGUAAAAAAAACAUUAAGAAUGGACCUUAAGCAAUAUGUGUCUGUUUUGUAUAUGUAAUCUCUUUUACUGUGAAUCAGAGUCUAAUGAACAAGUAUUUUAGCAUUUUCCUUUGUUUGGCAAUGUGUUAAGUAUUUCUUUUUUUUGUGGCCCCUUGUAUGUGUGGGUGUGAAGGUGCUCUUGUUAAUGCACACAGGUUUGAAGAUGUAAGAAAUACAAACCCAUUCUAAAGUAUUUGCAGUUACAUUUUACACGUCAGUAUUGAUAACAGAGGUCUUGGAAACCGGGGGGAAAAAGAGAUGUGUGGUUUAAUAUUUCAAUACCGACCGUGCAUUUAGAUUUAAGGCACUUUUAAAUAAUUUGCUUAUUUACUCCCCCAGUCAGUUUUUAUCAUUCUGCUGUACCAAUAAAAUUCUAUAUCUAAA